AGAUAUGGCAGGCAGAGGCAGCUGAAACCAAAACGCCCACUUCACACACACCGCACUUCACCCCCAAACUCUCCUCCUCCUUCCUACGAAUAAAAACCAAUCCAACAACACAACGCACAGCACGCAAGCACGAGAUCACUCUCUCUCUCUCUCUCUCUCUCUCUCUCACUAACAUCGUUGGCGUCGUCACCUCUCUCACUCCUCCCAUUAUCUCAGUCAAUUAGUCAAGCACCAUGCAGGCCCUCCAAUCCUCUUCCCUCCGACCCGCUCCCCUGGACCCGAUUCGGAAACGGACCCCCCAUUUCCCCAGUGUCACUCCCAGACCCACCAGCUCGAGGCGCGUCUCAUUCAUCUCCGCCUCCUCGGCCCCGGCCGUGUCCGCCCCGAAGCGCGAGAAGGACCCGAAGAAGCGGGUAGUCAUCACCGGCAUGGGCCUCGUGUCCGUCUUCGGCAACGACGUCAAUGCUUACUAUGACAAGCUACUCGCCGGAGAGAGUGGCGUGGGUCCCAUCGACCGGUUCGAUGCGUCCAAGUUCCCGACCCGGUUCGGGGGCCAGAUCCAUGGGUUCUCGUCAGAGGGGUACAUUGAUGGCAAGAACGAUCGACGACUGGACGAUUGCCUUCGGUACUCCAUUGUUGCUGGGAAGAAAGCUCUAGAGGAUGCUGAUCUUGGUGGCGACAAGCGCUCAAAGCUUGAUAAAUCGCGGGCUGGGGUGCUUGUUGGAUCAGGAAUGGGUGGUCUUACUGUCUUUUCUGAUGGUGUCCAUGCAUUGAUAGAAAAAGGCCACAGGAAAAUAACCCCAUUUUUCAUUCCUUAUGCUAUUACAAACAUGGGGUCUGCGUUGCUUGGUAUUGAUCUGGGUUUUAUGGGACCAAAUUAUUCGAUUUCGACUGCUUGUGCUACUUCAAAUUACUGUUUCUAUGCUGCUGCGAAUCACAUUCGUCGAGGUGAGGCUGAUUUGAUGAUUGCUGGCGGAACCGAAGCUGCCUUAAUUCCUGUUGGUCUUGGAGGUUUUGUUGCGUGCAGGGCCUUAUCUCAGAGAAAUGAUGAUCCAAAAACUGCUUCAAGGCCAUGGGACAAAGAUAGAGAUGGAUUUGUUAUGGGUGAAGGUGCCGGAGUAUUGGUAAUGGAGAGCUUGGAACAUGCAACAAAACGAGGUGCACCAAUUAUUGCCGAGUACUUGGGAGGGGCUAUAAACUGUGAUGCUUAUCAUAUGACUGAUCCAAGAGCUGAUGGGCUUGGUGUGUCUACAUGCAUAGAGAGAAGCCUUGAAGAUGCUGGUGUGUCACCUGAGGAGGUUAACUACAUCAAUGCGCAUGCCACUUCCACUCUUGCUGGUGACUUGGCUGAGAUAAAUGCUAUAAAGAAGGUGUUCAAGAACACUAGAGAUAUUAAAAUCAAUGCAACUAAGUCUAUGAUAGGGCACUGUCUUGGUGCUUCUGGGGGUUUGGAAGCUAUUGCUACAGUUAAAGCCAUAACAACGGGAUGGCUGCAUCCUUCCAUAAAUCAAUUUAAUCCAGAGCCUUCAGUGGAGUUUGACACUGUUGCCAAUGUAAAGAAGCAGCAUGAAGUAAAUGUUGCCAUAUCAAACUCAUUUGGAUUUGGUGGACAUAACUCUGUCGUUGCCUUUUCUGCAUUCAAGCCCUGAUCAUCCCAGCUUGUGUUCAAGUUUUGUACUACAUCAAAUGUUGCUUAGAGGAGAUCUUAAAUUGUUUCUGAGGCAGAGCUUCAUCCUUUUACUUUUGAGGCCACUUGUAGUUUUGUAAUAAUUCAAAGUUACUCUCUAUUUUAAAGACGCAAGUCAGUUUUAGUUACAAGGUUCUGUGAGUCUAGUAGGAUAAUGUUUUUUCUCUUCACUUUUGAAUGAUGUGGUGGUUAGUGUGAAAUUGUUGUAUGAAAUGGAAGGCUGUUUUGAUACAUU